CUUUGUUAUACCCGUUACCUCUAACCAGGAAGUUAUUUAUUAUUUUCAAAACAAUGGCUUAAAUCAAGUUUCGUUUUAAAAAAAGUUAAAUAGUUCAGAAAAAGGAUCGCAAGUCCAACUUGAACCAUGGCAGGGAAGACUCAGUCCCAUCUCCUCGUGGCUGCGUUCGACUUUGGGACCACGUACAGCGGUUAUGCAUUUUCCUUUCAAAAUGACCCGCUAAAAGUGCAAACCAACGGGACGUGGUAUUCCGGAGGGGCAGGAAAUCUGAUCUCUCUCAAGACGCCAACAAGUGUGCUUCUUAAUCCUGAUGGAGAGUUUGACUCUUUUGGAUUUCAAGCUGAAGACCGCUAUGCGAAUAAAGCGGAAGAUGACAAACAGCAUGGAUGGCGCCUGUUCCGGCGUUUUAAGAUGGUUUUACACAACAAUAAGGAGCUGUCCAGAACCACAACUGUAGAGGAUAUAGAAGGCAACUCUCAUCAAGCUCUAUCAAUCUUCUCCAUGGCGAUAAAGUUUUUACAAACACAUCUUCUACAGGCGGUAGCAAAUCAGACGGUGGGUGUGCUAGAAAAGGAAAUUUCCUACGUCAUCACGGUACCCGCUAUCUGGGAUGACAAUGCCAAGGAGUUCAUGAGAAAGGCUGUCAAAGAGGCUGGUCUCGAUGAAACCCGAGUAACACUUGCACUCGAACCGGAAGCUGCCUCGAUCUGGUGUGAGACAUUGGAUGUUGACACAAGGGAUGCGCUGGCUGGAACUGGAACUCAGUAUAUGGUCAUUGAUCUUGGAGGUGGCACCGCAGAUAUUUCUAUCCAGGAAAAGGAACAAGGUGGAACUUUGAAAGAAAUACAUCAGCCAAGCGGCGGACCAUGGGGCGGCAUUUAUGUUGACACCAAUUAUCUGAAAUUCUUGGAACACAUUUUUGGAGAGAAGGCAAUAACUGCACUUAAGACCGAGGAAAUGGCCGACUACUUUGAUGUCAUAAGGGAACUUGAAACAAAAAAACGUACGUUUAGCAAACAGACAAAAGAGAAAUUUACGUUCAAAAUAUCUGCAACCACUAGGAAGCUUUCCGAGAAGUUUACAGGACAAAAUCUAGAGCAGAGGAUAGGUAACCUUGGAUAUGGCGAUUCAGUUAUCGUGAAAUGUGGAGACAAGUUGCGAGUUGAGCCUGACAUCGUUCGUUCUUGGUUUGACGGUCCUAUAAACAAUCUCGUCGACCACGUCAAGAACCUUCUAAAGGAGCCCAAGCUGAGAGCGGUGCAGACCGUCGUGCUGGUUGGUGGUUUCGGAGAGAGCACGUACGUUCAGGAGAGGCUGAGGGCUGAAAUCCAUGACAAACGUCUGAUUGUUCCUGCUGAGGCGGGUCUCGCCGUGCUGAAAGGGGCCGUCAGGUUUGGACACAACCCGACAAUCAUCACAUCAAGGGUUAUGAAAUACACGUACGGAGCUGAUGUGAACAUGAUUUAUGAUGAGAAAAUUCAUAGUAAAGACAAAAAAUACUUCGCUAAAGAUGAGAAAUGGCGUGUCCAUGAAUGCUUCGAUGUUUUCGUUCGCGUAAAUGAAGAUGUUCCCAUUGACCACCAAAUAACCAAUGAAUACACACCUUCUGGAUAUAGGUCAUCCACACCCAUCUACCGGACGACAGCAGAGAACCCCGUGUACGUGACCGAGCCCGGCUGUGAGCUUCUCGGGGAGCUAGUGCUAGAGCUGCCCCGGGAGAUUCCUCUUUCUGAGCUGAUAAGUGAUACCACAUUUAUGUUUGGAGGGACGGAACUUGUGGUGAAAGACCGUUUAAGAAAGACCGGAGAAGAGCAGAUAUUGAAAUUGAAUUGUCUUAAAUAAGCUACACCAGGCACGAAGAAUCUGCAAUGUGAACCUGAAAACACAAUAAGCGCAAACAUAUUAUUAAAAUAUUUUUAUUCUUGUUUUUCUGCAAACAAAGUAAUAUUAACUUAUAAAGAAACAACACCAUAUUGCUGAUCGGUUGAGAAAAACCGGACAGGCGAAUAUCUUGAAACUUUAUAAUAGAUAUAGGCUACAACCGGCACAAAGAACCUGUGAUGUGAACCUGCGAAAUACAUUGACACACACAAUUUAUGUAUUGUAUUAAAAAGCUUUUCCCCCCUUUCGUGCUGAGCAUAUUCAAAAAAGUCUAUAAUAAUUUGACGUUAUUCUGGAGUAUAAUCAUUAUCAAACUAAACUUACUAUUUAUCAGUUAAUGUUUUUAUACGAUAUAUACUUAUGUUUAUAUAAUGGUAGGUUUUUUACCGGUAUAUUAUGUCAUGUACAUUUGCGUGUAAAAUUUAUUAUUUCUGUUGCGAAUAAACUGAGACAAUAUAACCGGUCAUUGCUUUAAAUCUUCAAAACAAUGCAAACAAGAAUAUGUUGCCGCCUCCUUACUAUCUUAAUGUUUUCAUACCACUAGUGAUGGCCCCUGUCUCGUUUUUAGACACUUUGCAAUGUGCAUUCGACAAUAUGGCUCAAUGUCAGUAUCAUUUCCGUUUAAGAUGUAAAUGCUUUAAAAAUAUAUUCUUGUAAUAUCUCUUCAAAAUAGAAUGCUUUAACAUGGUGACUUGGAAUCAAGUGCCGGUGUUCGACAUUUAGUGGUUAAUCGUAACAACUCGGCCAUUUUCGGC